UUCCGAUCUAUACCUGAAGACAAAAGCCUGUACGCAGAGUUCAGGACCAGUACAUCAUGCUACUCACCAACAUUUCCGGACAGGUAACCAAUUGAGAGAUCCAUCACUGUCCCUAAGGUAGAGCUGGGCCCUGUUUCUGGAAAGGAGUUUGUGGAACUAAAGAUGGAGGCCGGAGGGGAGUGUUUUCCCAAACAAAGGCAAGUCCUGAUUUUCUUUCUCGUAUUGGGGGUGGCUCUGGCAGGCUGGGAAUCUCGUCGCUAUUCCGUAAUGGAGGAAACCGAGAGUGGCUUGUUUGUGGCCAACCUGGCCAAGGACCUGGGGCUGGGAGUCGGGGAGCUAGCAGCACGGGGAGCCCGAGUGGUCUCUGAGGAUAACGAACCCCGCUUGCUGCUUGAUCUGCAGACCGGGGAGUUGAUAUUAAACGAGAAACUGGAUCGGGAGGAGAUGUGUGGCCCCAGAGAUCCAUGUGUAAUGCAUUUCCAAGUGUUAUUGAAAAAACCAUUGGGAGUAUUUCGAGCUGAGCUACUGGUGAGAGAUAUAAAUGAUCAUUCUCCAGAGUUUCCUGAAGGAGAAAUGACUCUGAAAAUCUCAGAGAAUAGCCCCCCCGGGACCGUGUUUCCUCUGAAAAAAGCCCAGGACUUGGAUGUGGGCAACAACAACAUCCAGAAUUACAGUAUCAGUCCCAACUCUCAUUUCCAUGUUUCUACCCGCAUCCGGGGGGAUGGUAGGAAAUACCCAGAACUGGUACUUGAUAAAGAGCUGGAUCGAGAGAAGCAGACGGAGCUCAGAUUAACCCUCACAGCGCUGGAUGGAGGCUCUCCACCCCGGUCUGGCACCACCCAGGUGCGCAUCUUGGUCUUGGACGUCAAUGACAAUGCCCCUGAGUUUGCAAAGACACUCUACCAGGUGAAGGUUCCAGAGAACAGCCCUGUGGGCAUGCUAAUUAUCAAGGUCUCCGCUAGAGAUUUAGACACUGGGACAAAUGGGGAGAUAUCCUACUCCUAUUUUUAUAUUUCUCAGGAAAUAAGCACAACUUUUGAGCUAAACAACCUUUCAGGAGAAGUUCGACUAGUUAAAAAACUAGAUUUUGAAACAAGAUCUUCAUAUGAGCUGGAAAUAGAUGCGGCUGAUGGUGGGGGGCUUUCUGGAAGAUGCUCUGUCUCCAUUGAGGUGGUGGAUGUUAAUGAUAACUUCCCAGAAAUAACUAUUUCAUCACUCACCAGUCCCAUUCCUGAAAAUUCCCCUGAGACAGAAGUGGCUCUGUUUAGAAUUAGAGACCGAGACUCGGGGGACAACGGAAGGAUGACUUGCUCCAUCCAGGAUGAUCUCCCCUUCCUCCUGAAACCAUCAGAAGAGAAUUUCUAUACCCUGGUAACAAAUGGGGCGCUGGACAGAGAGACAAGAGCCGAGUACAACAUCACCAUCACCGUCACCGACCUGGGGACCCCCAGGCUGAAAACCCAGCACAACAUAACGGUGACGGUCUCCGACGUCAACGACAACGCCCCGGCCUUCAGCCAAGCCGCCUACACCCUGCGGGUGCGCGAGAACAACAGCCCCGCCCUGCACAUCGGCAGCGUGAGCGCCACGGACAGAGACUCGGGCGCCAACGCGCAGGUCACCUACUCGCUGCUGCCGCCCCAGGACCCGCAGCUGCCGCUGGCCUCGCUGGUGUCCAUCAACGCGGACAACGGGCAGCUGUUCGCGCUCAGGUCCCUGGAUUUCGAGGCGCUGCGGGCGUUCGAGUUCCGCGUGGGCGCGGCCGACCGCGGCUCGCCGGCGCUCAGCAGCCAGGCGCUGGUGCGCGUGCUGGUGGUGGACGACAACGACAACUCGCCCUUCGUGCUGUACCCGCUGCAGAACGGCUCCGCGCCCUGCACCGAGCUGGUGCCCAGGGCGGCCGAGGCGGGCUACCUGGUGACCAAGGUGGUGGCGGUGGACGGCGACUCGGGCCAGAACGCCUGGCUGUCGUACCAGCUGCUCAAGGCCACGGAGCCCGGGCUGUUCGGCGUGUGGGCGCACAGCGGCGAGGUGCGCACGGCCAGGCUGCUGAGCGAGCGCGACGCCGUCAAGCACAGGCUGGUGGUGCUGGUCAAGGACAAUGGCGAGCCGCCGCUGUCGGCCAGCGUCACGCUGCACGUGCUGCUGGUGGACGGCUUCUCGCAGCCCUACCUGCCGCUCCCGGACGCGGCGGCGGCCGAGGCCCGCGCCGACCCGCUCACCGUCUACCUGGUGGUCGCCUUGGCGUCGGUGUCGUCGCUCUUCCUGUUCUCGGUGCUGGUGUUCGUGGCGGUGCGGCUGUGCAGGAGGAGCCGGGCGGCGUCGGGGGGCGGCUGCUCGGUGCCCGAGGGCCCCUUUCCGGGCCACCUGGUGGACGUCAGCGGCGCGGGGACCCUGUCCCACAGCUACCAGUACGAGGUGUGUCUGACGGAAGGAUCUGGGACCAAUGAGUUCAAAUUCUUGAAGCCUAUCUUCCCCAGUAUUCUGAGCCAGGACCGUAGGAACAAGUCAGAGGGAAAUUCAACCUUCCGGAAUAGUUUAGUUGGACACAAUACUUCAAGUUGAAGAGAGAGCCCUUGCAACCAUGAGCGUGAAAGCUAGGUGUAAUGAUGAUUGUGCUGGAUUGUGUUAAAUGAGACUUAGAACCACAUUUUCCAGACUCUUCUCUGCUAUAUGGUUGGACAAGAGGAACUUGCAUGAGAUUUGGAAUGCAAAAUGAAGAAGAAGCCAUUAAUCUCAAAAGGAUGUGGAAGUAGCGGAUUGACAGAUCUAAAACUAUUCAGGAGUUCCAAACUUCAAGCUUGACUUUCUAACUAUUGGCUUUGUUGAACAUCAGCCCUGAGCCAAUCACUAAGCACAUAACUUCAGUUCCUUCAGAGGUGGCAGCUUCCACAAACAUCACCAUGAGCUCACCCUUCAUAGUCCUACUUUGGUGGCUAGAUGUGCACAGCUGUUUGAAUUUCCUACACAGUCAAACCUGCCAAUUCUCACUGCUGUUUCAGGAUAUCAUGAUUAGAGACUAUUUCCAAUCCUCUGACUCCUUUUUCUGUGAAAAGUGUAAUUUCUGUAGUGAGCACAUAGUUCAAAAACAAUAUAAACAAAUGAGUAACUUUGUUCCCCUUUUGCAUUGUUAAGUGGCUACUCUAUCCCUGUACUGCCUGUUUC